AUGAGCGCCAUUACAUUGCCCGACUUGCCAAAGGUCAAGCCGCUCGGUUCUCGAUUUCGAUUCUUUCUGUUAAUUUUGAUAUUCUUGUGCUUGACGGCAAUUUGGGCCAACGUGUUGACGUAUAAUAUUGCGAUCGUGUGCAUGCCUUCGAAUUCGACCCACCACGCCGACCCGAAUCAUCGAAUUUUUACGAAUGGCCAAAAGACGCUUGCCGUGGUUUUCGUGUCAAUUGGAACAAUCGUAGCUACGGGCCCAGUCAUCUAUCUCGUCAAUCGCUACGGGACCCGAACGAUCCUGGCAGUACUUGGCGUACUGUCAUCUGUCUGCACAUUCCUAUUACCACUCACCAUAAAGCACUCAAUCGCCGCCUUCUACGUGCUGCGCUUCAUCCAGGGGAUUGCGCUCGCAUGUAACAUGCCGGUCGUUGGGUACUUUACGGAACGGUGGACGUAUUAUAAACAGAAAGGCCUCACGGUCUCCGUGCUCGUCACCUACCUCCAACUCGCUCCCGCCUUCACGAAUCCCGUUUCCGGUGCGCUGUGCGGCGCUUCUGGAUGGGAAAGCAUCUUCUACUUCCACGGCGGCCUCUCGCUGGGGCUAUUUACGCUCUACAUAAUCUUCUUCCGGAACAACCCGGAAAAGCAUCCGUUCGUCGGCCGGACCGAAUCCGGAAAAAUAGCACGCGGGAAGGCGCCCGGACCAAAACCAGCCGUCCCGUAUUUGGCAAUCGUGAAAACCAUGUCGAUUUGGGCUGUCUGGGUGGCCGGAAUCGGGAAUUUCAUCGUGCUCGAGAUGCUGUUCCUCUACACGCCCACCUAUCUUAGCAAAGUUCUCGGGUUCGGCGUGUCGAGCACCGGGAUCACGUCCGCCAUCGUGCCAAUCGCCCAGGGCACCGUUAAGGUGAUUGCAGGCACGGUAUCCGACAAAAUCCACAUCCCCGAAGGCAUCAAAGUCCGUAUCUUCAAUACCGUCGGCUUCACCGGCGCCUUCAUCGUGCUGUUGGUCAUCUCCUUCUCCGGCAUCCGAAACGGGACAGUCUGCCUGGUGCUGCUCGGCGUCACCGGGGCGUUCAUCGGGCUGAACACGGGCGGGUUCUUCCGCGCUUCCCACGUCCUCUCCAAGCAGUACACGUCAUUCGUGACGGGAAUGAUAUCAGUCUGCUUCUCAAUCGCCAUGCUAAUUCUGCCGUUUUUCGUCGACGGCGUCACGGAGAACAACACGAGGGGCGAAUGGGAGAUUGUUUUUGUUGGCACUGGCGCCGUUAUGUUCAUCUCCAACAUCUUUUUCGUGAUAUUCGUCCGGGGCGAGCCGUGCUGGUGGACUGAGACGUCAGCCACCGAUCAAGUGGCCCCGGCGUUUGGUGAUGCGGAGAAAACGCAGGAAAAGCCGGCCGCGACGCAU